AUGAAAGUGAAUAAUACCAUUGACUUUGUUCGGAAUUAAAUUCAUAAAUUAAAUUUGAGAAAAUAUUUCUCAAUAGUCAUUUAAAUGAGAGAAAUAGUUCAUAUUUAACGAAGUCUAUGUGGUAAUGAGAUAAGUUCUAAAUUUUGGAAAAUCUUUUAAAUGAAAAUUGUAUUAAUUCAACACAAGCAUAUCUCAUAAACUCAGAUCUUCAAUUAGAGAGAAUCAACUUGUAUUGUAAUGAAGUCUAAGGAUUUAGACAUCUCCAAAGAGCUAUUCUUUUUGACUUAGAAUGAAAUACUGGUAUUUAUUUGUUUCAUUUUAGGUUCUAUAGAUACAGUCAGAGCAGGACCACUAGGAUUAAUUUUCAAACCAAACAUUGUUAUCUUUAAUUAAACAGAAAAAGUUAAAAACUAGGCAAAGGAUCUUUAUUCUGAGGGUGCUAAUUUUAAUUGACUAAGUUUAAGAUGGAGUAAGAAAAGAAGCAGAAAAUUGA